AGAAUAACAGUGGUUGGUCUAAAAUCCGAAAUGUGGACCGAUAAACACCAUGAAUCAAUAUUACGUUUUAUAGACAAUCCAGACAAUAUGUUCAUGGUGGCGUACAACGAUCAAUUCCGCGGUUUCUGUAUCGAAAAUAAUCUCCCAGCAUUUAACGUGGAACAGAUCUCAUAUUUUAUCAAAUCAAAGCGUAUUAAGGAGAAAUUGGACCAUGAUAAUUUUUUCAAUGUGGUUCAAUAUGGAACAGUUAAAGGCAUGCAUAUUGAAAGUUUGUUACGAGUCAUGAUGGGAAUUUACGCGCCUAUUUUCUUCGACAAUACAUCAUGGCCUGAUAGUAUUAAAAAUGAUUUCUCAGCUCAGCUUCACAAGUUUCUAGCUAGUUUAACUGAUACAAGAUGGAAACUAGAGAGUAAAACAGUAUUAUAUAUCCCUACAGAGGGAAUGAAAUUACCAGUUGAAUCAGCUGCCAAAAACAAAGAACUGGUACAAAGACUAGAAACCGCCAUGAUCCAUUGGGCUCGUCAAAUUAAAGAAGUGUUAAACAGUCAAGAUGCCUUUGAAAUGUCUGAAAAUUCCGGUCCGUUAGAGGAGAUAGAAUUUUGGAAAAACCGAUGUACAGACUUGUCUGGAAUCAGCAACCAACUCGACAAACCGGGAAUCAAAAGAAUCACAGAAAUUCUGCAACUGGCAAAAUCUUCAUAUGUUCCACCAUUUUUAAAAUUAUCUAGUCAAAUUAAGGAAGGUUCACAUCAAGCAGAGAGUAACCUGAAGUUUUUAAUGGUAUUAAAAGACCCUUGCCAUGAAUUAUCCGAUUCCAAACCUAAAGAUAUUCCUGCAAUGAUUCCAAAGAUACUGAACCUAAUUCGAAUGAUCUGGGUCAACUCUGAAUUCUAUAAAACUAGAGAACGGCUUACAGGAAUCUUGAAAAAGGUAUGUGAUGCACAGAUACAUUUUGCCAGGCGUGAAGAUGGUAACAAGACAGAGAUGCCACACUUCGCUGGACAGAAAGGACCAGAGAUAGCUCGUGGUAUUCUGGAUAUUGAAACACAGUUUGAGAAGAACUUGUUAAUAUUACGCUCCGUGAAGAAAACUAUUCUAGAUGUCAAGGCCACAUCCUGGCACGAUGACUAUAACAGAUUCCGAGCUGGUAUAAAAGAUUUAGAAGUGAUGAUGCAGAAUGUAAUAUCUUCAGCGUUUGAUACAGUGACUACUGUCGAGUCUGGGGUAGAACUAUUAGAUAUCUUCAUGCAUCUUAAAUCUAGAGAGGCAAUCAGAAGAACUAUAGACAAGAAGACAGUAGAUGUAUUUAGUAUGUUUAAUGAUGAACUUAAUGCUGUCAAGAAAGAACUCACCCAGAAAGCUGUUUCUCUAUCCCCCUCUCAUCCUAAAUUCUCAGGGGCUGCCCAUUGGGCUAAGAUGUUGAAGAAGCGAAUUGAACGAAGCAUGAUGGUGUUGGAUCGAGCUCACUUCCUGCCGUCAAUAGGAUCAGGUGAAGAAGUAAGAAAUCAGUAUCAAACUCUGUGUGUAGCACUAGACGAAUACGUUCGUAAAACAUUCUAUGAAUGGACAACCACAGUUGAUAAGGAGCCACAGAAACAAUUAGAAGCUGCCUUGAUGUGUAGAAGUGUUGAAAGACCUCCAAUGUUGGACAUCAAAUUUAACAGACAAUUAUUGAAGAUGUUCCAAGAGAUUCACUAUUGGGAAAGAUUGAUGUUUGAGAUACCCCAUUACGCAGCUACAGUUUAUUCUAAACGAGAAGAUUUACGUGGUCUAAGGGAACAUGUCCUACUGGUGGUUAGAGACUACAAUAGGAUUAUCGCAGCGUUAUCUGAAGAAGAACGAGGAUUAUUCCGUGAGAGGAUAAAAUUCCUGGAUAAGAAGAUCCAACCAGGUUUAAACAAAUUAACGUGGGCGUAUAAAGGAAGCUCGGAAUUCUUCGUGAACGAGUGUCGUCUGCAAGCGAGUAAAAUUCAAGCCAUCGUGGAUGAUUAUAAGGGUGCUAAUAUGACAAUUAACGACCAUUGUUGUAAAAUUAGUGAUAUGCUCCUCGUUAAAAUUGACAGUAAAAAAGUGUAUGAAAAUCUCGAGUUUGAUGAAGAUCAGGCUCGACAUCGUGAAUUAGUAAAGAAGAGAUUAAAGAUGACACAUGAAGAAAUAGUUCUCAGUAUGAGACAAACUUAUGAAGUAUUUAAAAACGAUUCAGCAGAGGUUCAACAAAAUUGGUAUAGAUACACCAAGAAGAUGGAUAAGAUGGUGGAAGCAGCAUUUAGAUUAAAUGUGAAAUCAUCUCUACAAGAAUUGUCUAAAGCUAUCAAUGGUGAUGGCAAGUCAGCACCCAAUCCACUGUUUAAAGUUCAGGUGGUGUUGGAAGGUGACAAGGUUGAAUUUUCACCAACGUUAAGACAACUAGCAGUAAUAGUAGGUAGUAUAGCCAAUCAUCUUAAAGAUGCUAUAGCUGGUAUAGAACGUCUACCAGAUAUACUCACUAGAGGCAAGAAAAAAUCAGCAGAGCCUAUGGGACGAACGCGACCAAUCGCUGAAGAGAUAGCCAGUGAAAACGACAUCAAAAAGAUUCAAACAGUAAUAAAUAAGGGCAUGCAGGAUAACGCUGAAAAUCUACGCAAAUAUCUCGGCCAAUGGGAUGAGUUCCGAGAGAUUUGGGAAGUUCAAAAAGACGCUUUUAUCAGACGAUACCAAAAGUUCAAACCGUCUGUGGCUUCUUUUGAUGCUGAUAUUCAAAGAUAUACAGAAGUAGCCAAUAAUGUCCAGACUCAAGAAACCAUCUUGAAUAUCCAGUUUGUGCUGUUGGAUUGUUCCCCCUUGAAGUACGCCAUACAGACACAUUGUCAACAAUGGCAGAACAAGUUCACUACCCUACUCAGUGAAAUUUCUAUCUCUAAAUUAAAAGAGCUCAAUGAUUUCUUGAAAGACAAUGCAGAGAAAGUGAGUAAACCACCUCAGACCCUAGAUGAACUGGGAGAAAGUCUGGCUCUAUGGGAUAAACUCAAUGAAGACUUGAAGAAAACAGAAGAGAAGUUCCAGCCUCUCCAAGACCAGUUCGGAAUCUUGGACAAAUACGAAGUACCAAUUCCUGAAGAGGUGACAGGCAUGUUGAAUGAUUUACCAGAAGAAUGGAAUGCUUUCCAACAAACUCUCAUUGAUUCUGAAGUUAUGCUCAAGAAACACAAAGAAAAAUUCAAGAGCAGCUUGCUUGCUCAAUCAGAUGACUUCAAGAAACAAGUCAGUGGUCUUUUGGCAGAGUUCCAGAGUAAGGGACCAUUCUUGAGCACCAUUCCAACAACAGAGGCUCUGGAAACUGUGGCAACCAUUCGUGAACAGAUGAAUCAGCUAAAACAACAAGAGGCUCAGCUUCGUCGUGGAUUGGCCAUCUUCAAAAUUGAUCAGCCAGCAUCGAAAGAAAUUGCAUCCUUAGAGAAAGAAUUAGAGCAGAUAGAAACUGUAUGGGAGUUGACUAAAGAAUGGGAAGGUUUGUGGUCCGGUUGGAAGGUCGGACAGUUCCUGGAUCUCGAGACAGCUGAUAUGGAAACCCACUCUCAAUCCUUGUAUAAAAAACUUAACAAAUUCAACAAGGAACUUAAGGAUAAGAAUUGGGAGAUUGUUGAAACCAGUAAAAAUAAAGUUGAUCAGUUUAAACGAACCAUGCCAUUGAUACAAGAUCUGAAAAAUAAAGCCAUGAGACCUCGACAUUGGAGCAAGAUACAGACUGAAAUGGGAAGAGCUUUUGAUUAUAAAGCUGAAGAUUUCACCCUGGAGAAGAUUAUAGAAUAUGGUUUUGAUCAGUUUGCUGAGCAGAUCAACGAAAUCUCUGGUGCUGCCACCAAGGAAUUGACGAUUGAACAAGGUCUUGAGAACAUCAAGCAAACAUGGAACCUCACAGAGCUGGAUAUCGCUCCUUAUAAAGAUAAGGGUCACUUUAAACUCAAGUCCACAGAUGAUGUGUUCUUAGCUCUAGAAGACAACCAAGUUCAGCUGUCCACUAUGAAGGCAUCCAGAUUUGUCAAAGCUUUUGAACAGGACGUCGACUACUGGGAGAGAACAUUGUCACUGAUUCUAGAAGUGGUGGAAAUGUUACUGACUGUACAGAGACAGUGGAUGUAUUUAGAGAAUAUAUUUUUGGGAGAAGAUAUCAGGAAACAGUUACCUGGAGAAUCGAAAGCUUUCGAUGAUGUGAAUAAGAACUGGAAGGAAAUUAUGACCAGACUUGAUAAAGAUAGAAACGCUUUACGAGGGACGCAUCAUAAAGGAAUGUUAGAACAAUUAAACGACAUGAACGUAAAAUUGGAAGAAAUCCAGAAAUCACUAGACAUGUACUUGGAAACGAAGCGACAGAUCUUUCCCAGGUUUUAUUUCUUAUCCAACGAUGAUCUCCUGGAAAUUCUCGGCCAGUCUAAAAAUCCUGAGGCAGUUCAGCCACAUCUUAAAAAAUGUUUUGAUAACAUUAAAUCUCUGAAAAUGGGGAAGGCUCAGGGUAUUGCCCAUAAAUGGGAGGCUGCUGGUAUGUCUUCUAGUGAUGGUGAAUACGUAGAGUUUACUCAGACUGCUGUAAUAGAGGGACCGGUCGAGGCCUGGCUGUAUGAUGUUGAAAGAAUCAUGAGGUUCACACUCAAGGAAGUUUUAAAAGCUAGUCGUACAUCUCUGAAGAAGAACCUAACUAAACGGGACAAAUGGAUUCGUGAUUUUCCUGGUCAGAUCUGUAUCACGGCCAGUCAGAUUCAGUGGACACAAGAUGUCUCCAAGGCUUUGACCACCACCAAGGAACGAGGUGACAAGAAGGCUUUGAAAAGCAUGAAGAAAAAACAGGUGGCCAUGUUAAACAAAUUCUCAGAAGCAAUUCGAUCAAACUUGACUAAGAUCCAACGUUUGAAAAUCGUUGCCUUGGUAACCAUUGAAGUCCACGCUCGUGAUAUCAUCGAGAAACUGAUUAAGACUGGAUGUUCAGAUACGACUGCUUUUGAUUGGUUGAGUCAGCUUCGAACCUACUGGGAUAAGGAAAUUGAAGAUUGCGUCAUCAAACAGACCAACACCCAGUUCUCGUACGGCUAUGAAUAUCUCGGUAACUCUGGUCGUCUGGUCAUUACGCCAUUGACAGAUCGGUGCUAUAUGACCUUAACAACUGCCCUUCAUCUUCAUCGAGGUGGUAGUCCCAAGGGACCUGCUGGUACAGGUAAAACAGAAACCACCAAAGAUUUAGGAAAGGCUCUGGGAAUGUACGUUAUUGUAGUGAAUUGUUCGGAAGGUCUGGAUUAUAAAUCGAUGGGAAGAAUGUUUUCUGGUCUAGCUCAGACUGGAGCCUGGGGAUGUUUUGAUGAAUUUAAUCGUAUCAAUAUUGAGGUAUUGUCUGUGGUUGCUCAGCAGAUUCUGUCUAUCCUGAAAGCCCUGCAUGAGAAAUGGAAGAGAUUCGUGUUUGAAGGACGAGAUAUCGAACUACAGUUUUCUUGUGGUAUCUUUAUCACCAUGAAUCCAGGAUAUGCUGGAAGAACAGAGCUACCUGACAAUUUGAAAUCUAUGUUUAGACCAAUAGCUAUGGUUGUACCAGACUCAAAUCUGAUUGCUGAAAUUAUCCUUUUUGCUGAAGGUUUUGGUAAUACCAAGAUGUUGGCCAAGAAAGUGUUCACCCUGUAUUCUCUGGCCACACAGCAGCUGUCUCAUCAAGAUCAUUAUGAUUUUGGUCUGCGUGCUCUGGUCUCUGUGUUACGUUACGCUGGUAGAAAGAAACGAUCUAAUCCCAAUAUGGCGGAUGAAGAGUUAUUGUUACUGUCCAUGAAAGAUAUGAACGUUGCUAAGUUGACGUCUGUUGAUUUACCAUUAUUUAACGCCAUCAUGUCUGAUCUCUUCCCUGGUGUCGAAACUCCUGUCAUAGAUUAUUCCAAGAUGAAAUCUGCAGUAGAGGAAGAAUUAAAACUAGAGAAACUUCAAGUGAAUAAUCACACCAUCACCAAGAUCAUCCAGUUGUACGAAACCAAAACAUCUCGUCAUUCUGUCAUGAUAGUUGGUGCCACACAGUCCGGUAAAACUGUAGCCUGGAAGACUCUGCAGAAUGCCAUGACCAAUCUGAACAAGAAAGGAGAACCAGGGUUCCAACAAGUUAAGGAGUAUCCAUUAAAUCCCAAAGCUCUGUCACUAGGUGAACUGUAUGGUGAAUUUGAUCUGAAUACUAAUGAAUGGACUGAUGGUAUAAUGUCUAGUGUUAUGAGACAGACUUGUGCUGAUGAGAAACCAGAAGAGAAGUGGAUUGUAUUUGAUGGUCCAGUUGACACGUUAUGGAUUGAAAGUAUGAACUCUGUCAUGGAUGACAACAAAAUUUUAACCCUAAUCAAUGGCGAGCGUAUUUCGAUGCCUGAACAGGUGUCACUGCUGUUCGAGGUCGAGGAUCUUGCAGUCGCCUCCCCUGCCACUGUGUCUCGUUGUGGCAUGGUGUAUGCUGAUUACAAGGACCUGGGCUGGCAGCCGUUCGUCGAAUCUUGGCUUAGCAAAAAAACAGAAAAGGGAAUGGUUGAGGAACUGAAAAGAUUGUUUGAUAAAUAUCUGGUGAAGAUUAUGGACUUUAGGAAGGCUAACUGUGAAGAAAUUAUCCCUCUCUCACAGUUAAAUGGAGUUAUGUCCCUUUGUAAAUUGUUUGAUUGUUUGGCUACGGUUGAAAAUGGGGUUGACUCUCACGAUUCUGAGAACUAUAUUCGAAUGAUCGAACUUUGGUUCCAAUUCUGUAUGAUCUGGUCUAUCUGCUGCUCCGUGGAUGAGGACGGCCGAAAGAAAAUUGAUAAUUAUAUUCGAGAAAUGGAAGGAACCUUUCCUAAUAAGGACACUAUCUAUGAAUAUUAUGUCGAUCCGAAGAAUAAAACUUGGGUCCAUUGGGAAGAGAAACUGAAAGGAGGUUGGAAAUACAAUCCAAGUUUACCCUUCUUCAAACUGGUAGUACCUACAGUUGAUAUGGUACGAUACCAAUACCUCACCUCCAAUCUGGUCCUGGCACAGAAUCCUGUCCUACUGGUUGGUCCUGUGGGUACUGGUAAAACAUCAGUGGCAGAAAACACCCUCCAUAAACUGGAUUCUAAAUCAUUCAGUGUUUUGUCAGUUAAUAUGUCGGCACAGACGACGUCCAACAAUGUCCAAGACAUCAUAGAAAGUCGGGUUGAAAAAAGAACGAAAGGAGUCUACGUUCCAAUUGGAGGUAAAAAACUCAUCACCUUCAUGGAUGAUUUCAACAUGCCUGCUAAAGACACCUUCGGUUCCCAGCCUCCAUUAGAGUUAAUCCGUCUGUGGUUGGAUUAUGGAUUUUGGUAUGACAGACAGAAGCAGACGGUCAAAUAUAUCAAGGACAUGUUGUUAUUAUCUGCUAUGGGUCCACCUGGUGGAGGUCGUAUGGUCAUCUCUCGUCGAUUACAGAGUAGAUUUAAUCUUAUUAACAUGACCUUCCCUCACGAAUCCCAAAUCAAGAGAAUAUUUGGCAGUAUGAUCAACCAGAAACUACAAGACUUUGAAGAAGAAGUAAAACCUAUAGGUGACGUAAUGACACAAGCCACUAUAGAGAUGUAUAAUUCAGUUGUAUCAACCUUCCUUCCCACACCAGCUAAAAUACAUUAUCUUUUUAACCUCAGAGACAUCUCAAAGGUGUUUCAAGGUUUACUAAGAGCUAAUAAAGUUUACCAUGAUACUAAAGGUGCUAUGACACGGUUGUGGAUCCACGAAUGUUUCAGAGUAUUUUCUGACCGUCUGGUUGAUGAUAAAGAUUAUGAAGCGUUUGUUGGUAUUUUAACAGAGAAGCUAGGAACCAUGUUUGAUCAGACGUUUCACAAUAUCUGUCCUAAUAAACAACCUCCUAUAUUCGGUGACUAUAUCAGUACAGAUCAAGUUUAUGAAGAUAUAACAGAUAUUAAUGCCCUGAAGAAACAUAUGGUAGAAACUUUAGAUGAAUAUAAUAAUACUCCUGGAGUGGUCAAUAUGGAUCUGGUAUUGUUUAGAGAUGCUAUUGAACACGUAUCUAAAAUAGUUCGAGUUAUUCGUCAGCCGAGAGGUAACAUGUGUUUAGUUGGAAUUGGAGGUAGUGGACGUCAGAGUUUAACGCGUCUGGCUGCUCAUAUCUGUGAAUAUUCAACUUUCCAAAUAGAAGUUACUAAACAAUACCGAAGGAAUGAAUUCAGAGAUGAUUUAAGAAAGUUAUAUUACCAAGCUGGUGUAGAGAACAAACCAUCUUGUUUCCUGUUUUCUGAUACCCAAGUUGUUGAGGAAAGUUUCCUGGAAGAUUUGAACAAUGUUCUCAGUAGUGGAGAGGUUCCUAAUUUAUACAAACCUGAAGAAUUUGAAGAGGUACGCAGUGCUCUAACAGAUGUAGUGAAAAAAGAAGGAAUAGAUGAUACCCCACAGAGUGUCUUUAGUUUCCUAAUCAACAGAGUUCGAGCUAAUCUUCAUGUUGUCUUGUGUAUGAGUCCAGUUGGAGAGGCUUUCAGAAACCGUAUUCGAAUGUAUCCAGCGUUUGUCAACUGUACGACUAUUGAUUGGUUCAGUGAGUGGCCACAAGAUGCUUUGUUAGAAGUUGGUAAUAAAUAUCUUUCAGAGACUUCACUUGGUAGCGAAGAAGAUGAUAAACUGAAACCACAAGUAGCCACCAUGUUUUCUGUGAUGCACAAAUCUGUGUCUGAGUAUUCAGCUAGGAUGCUGGCAGAAAUGAGACGUCACAAUUACGUCACUCCAACAAAUUACUUAGAACUGGUAUCAGGAUACAAAAAGUUGUUGUUCAAGAAGAGAAAGGAACUAGGAGAUGCCGCCAAUAAAUUGCGGAAUGGUUUGAGUAAGAUCGAUGACACCAGAGAGAAAGUUCAGAACAUGUCCGUGGAGUUGGAAUUAGCUAAAACGAAAGUAGCCCAGUUUCAGAAACAGUGUGAGGAAUACCUUGUAGUUAUUGUACAACAAAAACGAGAGGCUGAUGAACAACAAAAGUCUGUGGCUCAAAAAGGAGAGAGGAUUGCCGAGGAAGAAACAAAAUGUCGUCACAUGGCAGAGUUAGCUCAGCAAGAUUUAGAUGAAGCCUUACCAGCUCUACAAGAAGCCAUCAAGGCUCUAGAAUCCCUGAAUAAGAAGGACAUGACAGAAAUCAGGUCAUACGGUCGACCCCCACCCCUAGUAGAAAAAGUCAUGGAGGCUGUCAUGAUUCUAAGAGGUGGAGAACCAACGUGGGCUGAGGCUAAGAAACAACUUGGUGAUGGUAAUUUUCUUAAACAAUUGAUGAACUUUGAUAAAGACAACAUAACUGACAGAAUCCUAAAAAAGAUUGGGCAGUAUUGUUCACAAGCUGAUUUCCAGCCUGAAACUAUUGGUCGAGUAUCAAGAGCUGCUCGGUCACUGUGUAUGUGGGUACGAGCUAUGGAAGUGUAUGGGCGUAUUUACAGAGUGGUGGAACCGAAACGUCAGAGACUGAAUGGCGCCAUGACACAGCUCAAAGAGAAACAGGAUGCCUUAUCUGAUGCCCAAGCUAAGCUCGCUGAGGUUGAAGAAAAGAUGGCUAAAUUGAAACUGGAAUACGAUGAGAAAUUAGCCCAGAAGGAAGAACUAAAACGAAAAGCUGAACAUACAGAGAUGAUGUUGGAUCGUGCCUCGAAACUCGUAUCUGGUUUGGCAGGGGAGAGAAUCAGAUGGCAAGAAACUGUCAAGGAUCUUGAAGAAAGAAUGGGUUUCCUGGUUGGUGAUUGUCUGAUAGCAGCUGCCUUCCUGUCCUAUAUGGGACCCUUCCUUUCAGACUACAGGGAUGAACUGGUUCAACAGAGAUGGAUGAAAGAGGUUCGAAAAUUAGGAUUACCAUGUGACCCCUGUUUUAGUUUCUGUAAUUUUAUGAGUAAACCAACCCAAGUACGAGACUGGAACAUCAAGGGUCUGCCGUCUGACAGUUUCUCCACGGAGAAUGGUGUCAUAGUGACUGAGGGCAGUCGUUGGCCCCUCAUGGUCGAUCCCCAGGGACAGGCUAUUAAAUGGGUCAAGAACAUGGAAGCUGAUUAUAACUUAAAAGUGAUAGAUUUACAGCAGUCGGACUAUAUGAGGACACUAGAAGCCUCUGUUCAACAUGGUAUACCAGUCUUACUACAGAAUGUCCAGGAGGAACUUGAUCCUUCUCUAGAUCCUAUUCUUAAUAGAUCACUCAUGAAAAUAGGAGGAGCCUGGAUAAUCCGAUUGGGAGACAAAGAAGUGGAAUAUAAUUUUGAUUUCCGAUUCUACAUCACCACUAAACUUAGCAAUCCUCACUAUCCACCUGAGGUCUCAACUAAAACUACCAUUGUCAACUUCGCUGUGAAGGAACAAGGUCUGGAGGCCCAACUACUGGGUAUUGUGGUUCGUAAAGAAAGACCAGAGUUAGAAGAACAGAAAGACAGUCUAGUCAGAAAUAUCGCGUCUGGUAAGAAGAAACUGGUAGAAUGUGAAGAUGAGAUUCUGAGAUUACUGAACGAAACUAAAGGUUCUCUGUUGGAUGAUGAACAACUUGUGAACACACUGCAGACAUCUAAAACAACUUCUCAAGAAGUUUCCGAACAGCUCCAAAUAUCAGAACAAACUGAGGCAAAGAUUGAUGCCGCCCGAGAGGGUUAUCGUCAAUGUGCUCAACGUGCUUCGAUCCUGUUUUUUGUGCUGAAUGAUAUGAGCAGGAUUGAUCCUAUGUACCAAUUCUCAUUAGAUGCCUACAUCGAGUUGUUCAUCCUGUCAAUUGAGAAAAGUCAACGUAGUUCCAAACUAGAGGAACGAAUCCUGAAUCUUAAUGAAUACCAUACUUAUGCUGUGUACAGAUAUACCUGUCGAGGGUUGUUUGAAAGACACAAGCUUCUCUUCUCUUUCCAAAUGUGUGCCAAGAUCUUGGAGCAUGCUGGAAAAAUCAACAUGGACGAAUACAACUUCUUCUUACGGGGUGGAGUGGUGAUCGACAGAGAAAAUCAAAUGGAUAACCCAUGUUCAGCUUGGUUAUCAGAUAACGCGUGGGAUAACAUCACAGAGCUGGAUAAAUUGAUCAACUUCCACGGUGUAAUAACAUCUUUUGAACAAUACCCACGAGACUGGAGGAACUGGUUUACCUCCCCUGAGCCCGAGACCACGUCACUACCAGGUGAAUGGGACAAUGCAUGUAAUGAACUACAGAGAAUGUUGUUGCUGAGGUCUCUACGACCUGAUAGAGUGUCAUUCUGUGCCACAUCUUUCAUCGUCAACAACUUGGGCUCCAAGUUUGUGGAACCACCUGUAUUGGAUAUGCAGUCUGUCGUAGAUGAUUCUACCACUAGGACUCCGUUGAUCUUUGUACUCUCGGCUGGAGUGGACCCAACAAGUUCCCUACAUCAAUUAGCUGAGAACUGUAAAAUGAGUAACCGAUUCCACACCCUGUCUCUAGGUCAAGGUCAAGCUCCCAUAGCAACUAGACUUAUCAAGCAAGGUGUGAAAGAGGGUCACUGGGUAUUCUUAGCUAACUGUCAUUUAUCAUUGAGCUGGAUGCCCCAACUUGACAAACUGGUAGAGCAGCUGCAGAUCGAGGAACCCCAUCCAGAUUUCAGGCUCUGGCUGUCCUCCAGUCCUCAUCCAGAAUUCCCCAUUUCCAUCCUUCAGCAGGGUAUCAAGAUGACCACAGAACCUCCCAAGGGAUUGAAAGCCAACAUGAAGCGUCUGUAUAAUCUGAUUACAGAGAACCAGUUUCAUCGUUGUGGAAAACAGGAUAAAUACAAGAAACUUCUCUUCUCUCUCUGUUUCUUCCAUUCUAUCCUGCUGGAGAGACGAAAAUUCUUGAUGCUCGGAUGGAACAUUGCUUACGAAUUCAACGACUCAGAUUUUGAGGUGUCCGAGAAUCUUCUAAGUAUCUAUUUAGACACGUAUGAAGAGACGCCAUGGGAUGCUUUGAAAUAUCUGAUAGCUGGUAUCAACUAUGGUGGACAUGUUACAGAUGAUUAUGACCGACGCUUGUUGAUGACUUAUGUUAAUGAUCAAUUCACUGAAGCGGCCUUGACAACACCAUUCUUUAGAGUAUCUUCUCUACCUACAUACUACAUACCAAAAGAUGGUCCACUGGCCUCGUACAAGGAAUACAUCAGUAUGUUACCAAAUAUAGAUCAUCCUGAAGCCUUCGGUCAGCAUCCCAACGCAGAUAUCACCUCUCAGAUUCAAGACACUAGAAUCCUAUUCGACACCCUGCUGUCCCUACAACCACAAGUUUCUAGCACUGCUGGCGAAAGUCGUGAAGACAAGGUGUUGGAUUUAGCAGCCAAUAUUUUCCGUCAGAUACCAGAGAAUAUUGAUUAUGAAGGAACAGCUCAGAUACUGUCCACAGAUCCAUCUCCACUUAAUGUGGUCCUCUUACAAGAGAUUCAAAGAUACAAUGCUUUAUUAGAAGAGAUCCGAUCUUCCCUGACGGAUUUAGAGAAAGGAAUCCAAGGUUUGGUUGUGAUGACCUUAGAAUUAGAAAACAUCUUUACCUGUAUCUUUGAUGGUAGAGUCCCACCAGCUUGGGAAAAGGCCUACCCAUCAAUGAAACCACUGUCAGCUUGGACCAGAGAUUUGGUUUUAAGAGUAGAACAGUUUGCUAAAUGGGCACAGACUGCUCAUCCUCCAGUUCUAUUCUGGAUGGCUGCUUUCACCUUCCCUACUGGUUUCCUUACUGCUGUAUUACAGAGUUCUGCUCGACUUAACAAUGUCUCUAUUGACUCCUUGUCAUGGGAAUUCACAGUGAUGACAGUGGAUGAAUCCAACUUUGUAAAAGGGCCUAUGGAUGGUGUAUUGGUUAAAGGACUGUUCCUACAGGGUGCUGGUUGGGAUAUGAAGAACACAUGUCUUAUAGAAGCUAAUCCUAUGCAGCUAGUAUGUCCUAUGCCUGUCAUCCAUUUUAAACCUGUAGAAAAUAAGAAGAAAUCAAGCAAAGGAACAUACAUGUGUCCCUGUUACUAUUAUCCCAACAGAACAGGUACCUCCUCCAGACCAUCCUUCGUGGUGUCUGUUGAGUUGAAAUGUGGUGAGAAGACAGCAGAUCACUGGACCAAACGUGGUACAGCCUUAUUGAUGAGUUUAGACUAUUAAUGAGAUACAGCUAGCAUAUUUAUAAAAGAUGAUUGGAAUCGUACUGUGAGAUAUUAAAAGAAAUGAAAAUACAUGUAGAGACAGAAUACUUAAAAAAAAAAAAAAAAAAAAAGGAUACACAUUUUUCGAAAAUUAAGUUUUAUACUAGUAUUUGACAAUGUCUUCAUUUCAAAAUCUGAAAUUUUUGGUCCUGUUAGUUUAACAUUUGCUGCUGAUUGUACAAUAUUUCCUGUGAUAUCUGAAUUUUUUAUACAAUUUUUAUUUCAUUAUUCCACAUUUUGUUAAGAAAAUUGUGGGAUCAAUAUCUUAUUAGAAUAUGUGAAUUUUCAGUUAAAUUUCUAAGUUUCAAACAGCAUUUGUCCUAAAUUUUUGGACAGGCUUCCUUUCAAUUUGUCCUCAUUCAACAGCAUUAUAUCCUCACUUAUCUUACUACUAAUAUUACCAUUAUAUUUGAAAUCAGUCAUAAAGCCAAAUUUUACAGAUUGUACAGCAUUACUUAGCCAAUUCUUUUUUCUUCCAACGUGGAUUGUGUUUGCUUUGUUAAAAUAGCUGAUUGCAUUACUGUUAAUUGCAUAUGAAAACUCUAUUAUUGUAAUCCCAAACUUUAUCAGGACACUCCAGAAGGAAUUCCAAUUUAAAAAAAUGAAUCUGAGGGGCAUCAGGUGAUCCAGAAGAGUUAGUAAGCUAUGUUCACUAACAGUAGGUUCUACCCUCAAUAGUGUAAAUCAAUUUCAAUUAUUCGCGACCUACUUCAAUUUCUAAAUUCAAGCCCAAUUAUUAGUUUAAAUUCACAUGAAUUUCCGUCCCCAUUUGUUAUUUAUUUAGUUAUAAAUUUUAUUAUUUAUAUUUAUUGAUAUUUAUACUGAAAUUGUUGAUAUAUAGAUUUGUUAUGGAAGAAUAAAAUACUGUAUCAAAAAUA